CUAGCGUCAGGCGUCAGCAUGUGUGAUAGAGGCGGGGCAUAUUCGGCGCUUCGACCUCCACACUCUCCGAAUAUCGAUUGUGCCCUAACGAGCGAGCGACUUCAGCUUCAACUAUAGUUCAGCUAGAAGCCUGGGCUACAUACGUAAACUGCCUCUCGUUUUUCUGUCCUAAUUUUUCCUCCUUCUCGAAACACCGUCCCAAGCGCUACGAAUCACCGUCCCUGAUAUUACAAUCAACAACCCGAUCACGUCGAUCAACGACGAGGCUGCUGAGAGCGGGUCUGUGUAGACAUUUGGCAAGCCGCGCCCGGAUAUCAACAGAACAACAGUUUUUGGUUCAUUGGGAUAGGUGGCGCAACCGAAGCAUGAACGUAACAGGUGGACUUGAAUGUUUUCGCUGUUCUAUAAUCGAUUGGGAAAGAUUACGACCAGAACUCGAUGAAAGGGUACUUGUCUGCGCUAUCGAGGAAAGCGUUACAGAACUAAAGCAGUCUUCCUGUCCCACUUGUCGCGUGCUUGGAACUGCUUUGGAAGCUCGACAGUUGGCUAGACAUAUGCCAGAUGCGAAGGAAUUUGGUCUGUGUCUAGUAUACUCACGCGGGGUAUUCUCCCUCCGGCGGAAAACCAGCCAUAUAAGAACCAGCUUCACUUUGUCUUUGAAGCUUGGUGAGAAAGAUGAUCCAUACCUCACCGACUUACAGGCUGAAGCUUUCAAUCGCGUUGAUUUCGAGUCCUUAAAGUAUUGGAUGGCCAAUUGUAAAAUGCACGAGAAAUGCAAUAUUUCACCAACGUCAGGUAUAAAUGACUUGAAGGUAAUUGAUUGUCAUCACAGAAGAGUCAUACCAGCUCCAGAGAAUUGUAUAUUCAUUGCACUCUCCUAUGUUUGGGGCCCGUCGAUGUUGGAGGACUAUACGCAGUUCCCCGACCUACCAAGCCGACUUCCUCGCACGGUGGAGGACAGUAUAGAAGCUACUACCAUGCUGGGUUUUCAGUUUCUAUGGGUCGACCGAUAUGCAGAUCAUGAUGUUCAACGACAGCAAAUCCAACAGAUGGGACUCAUUUACUCUUCAGCUCAGAUCACUUUGAUCGCAGCGUUCGGUUCAGACGCUGAUUCCGGUCUACCAGGCGUCACGCGUGACCGCCAGCGUUGGAAACUCCUCACACAUGCUGUUACCGAUCGUCUACUGCUAGUCAUAAAAUUGCCGCCUAAGAUAAGGGGAGCACGUCAAAUUGUCGCAGCGUCAACUUGGUUCUCGAGAGCGUGGACUUUUCAGGAAGGUUAUCUCUCUCGAAAACGGAUAUAUUUCUUAGAAGACCAAGACUUAUACCUUUGCGAUGAAGAUUCGGGAGUGAACAUGACAGGAGAGCUUACAGAUCAACUUGCUGCGUCCCUGCCGAAUUCUGCAGAGAUACAAAACCGAGUGGGAGCAAUCAUGCGUGAAUAUACGCGACGCCAACUCACCUAUGAUUCAGACGCGCUCAACGCUAUCUUGGGUGCCCUUGGAACCCUGGAGAGAACUGAUCAUAUCUGGGGGGUGAGUCUUGCACGGGGAGAGGAUAUACGGAGCUAUAAAGUACCUGAGGUAGGCAUGGCUUUGGAUUGGGAGCACCUACUGCCAUGUUCGCGACGCAAAGGCUUCCCAAGCUGGUCACCCCUUGGUUGGCGCGGCACUGUCAAUCAUUGCGCUUUUGUCCCAAGCGUUUCAUCAACAUGCUCCGUCGAGCUCUGGUACGACGGAGAGUUCAAACUACCUUGCAAAGCCUUUGGCAGGCUAGCCGAACGUUCAAGUGAUUUACUAGAGGAUUCGAAGCUCCUUAAACUGACAGCCACCGUGCUGAGGUUAGAUCUGGAGCACCUGGAAGACGGCCACACAAACACAGCCGGCUUAUAUGUCAAGGUUCCGUAUAGUCAUGAGAUCGACCUAUUUGUGUGGCCAUCAUGGGACGUCGACUAUAAGAGCAAAAGGAGUCUCAACAAGGCUAGGAUGCGAUUGCCAUGUGUCGUCAUCCUGCAACAUCCGGAUGACUCAUGUCUCGAGAGAGUCACACAUGAAGGCAAACGAAUCUUUGAAGAAAGAUCGGUGUUGUUCAUAUUGCAGAACCAUGGUAGUCACUAUGAGUGUAUCGGGCGUUUCUCCAUGCAAAACCAUAAACGAGGCAGUGUGUUUGCCCGUGAUAAGCAAGGCAGGCCCGUGGAACUUACCUUUCCCUAUGACGCUGAUCUCCAUAGAUAUCGCGACGCUACAUCCUGGAUGGAAAGCGGUGUGAGGGAUACAUUCCUCCUAGGUUAGUACGACCACAGUGGCCACAAAGCGACACAGCUUUAGAACGCAUUGAUUGGGAAACGGUUCGUAACUCUCGAGUCUUUCACCACCGUCGAUCGCUCAAGAACAAGAACGAAUGAGAGACUUGCUGCGAGUGAGGUCAAAAGUUUCAGUACAGCGAGCAUCGACCACAACGAGCAUAUUUGUUGAUUAUGUACCACCUUUGGAAGACAGGUUUGAGGAUAUGCAAUGAGCAGG